AUGGCUGCUGCUAUGGAAAUGCUGCAGAAACUGCAGAAGGAAAUCACCUGUGAUAUCUGUACAAGCUACUUCUGUGAUCCAGUCACAAUUGAGUGUGGGCACAGCUUUUGCCAAGCAUGUCUCUCCUUGAUCUGGAGAGUUAGAACUACCAACUUCUCUUGUCCAGAAUGCAGGCAAGUGCCCCAAAUCAGAGAAUUCCCGGCUGUCAAUGGGUGCCUGGCAAAGCUGACUGAGGUGUGCAAAGAGCUCAGCUGCCAGCUUUUGCAGAGUUCUGAAGGACAGCACCAGUGUGCCUCUCACAAGAAAAUCCUCAAGCUCUUUUGCGAAGAUGACCAGACAGCAGUCUGUGUGAGAUGUUCCCAAAGCCCAGAGCAUGGGGCUCACAUGCUUUCUCCUGUAGAAGAGGCUGCUCACAGAUGCAGAGAGAAGCUCCAGCACAUCCUGAGUCAGGUGGCGAAGACAGUGGAGGAAGCUGAGACACUUCUUGCUAAGGAGGAGAGACCCGAUGUAGACUGGCAUUGGAUUAUCAAUGCAGAAUACUACAAACUGCAGGAAUUCCUGUUGGAGGAAGAAUUCCGGUGUCUUAAAAGGAUAGGGCAAGAGCAAAGGACAACACAGGAAAAAAUCUCCCAACAUAUGCAAAGGCUUCAGAGGCUCAUAGAAGAUCUGCAGGAAGCAGGCCACAAAUCCAAUGUGGAAAUGCUACAAGAUGUCAAGCAGUUGCUGGGAAGGAGUAAGUCACUGUUGCUCCAAAGGGACAAGGCUGUCACCCCAGAGAUGAGAGAAUAUGCCAUUCCUGUCAUGAUAGAAAUGCUGAGCCAAUUCAGAGUGGACAUCACAAUUGAUCCUAAAUCGGCCUGUUCAUAUGUGACUGUUUCUGAUGAUCUGAAGAGUAUAAAGGCUGAAGAAGGCUGGCAGGUGGACACUGAGGAUCCUGAAAACUCUUCUUACUAUAGUUUGCUUGCUGACCAGGCCUUCAGCUCAGGCAGACAGUACUGGGAGGUGGAUGUGAGUCAACUACCUCAGUGGAUCCUGGGGGUCUAUACCCCCUAUUUAAGGAGAAAAAGGGGCAGGAAUGUGGAUUCCUGUGCCUCUGUCUUCCUGCUUCGAUGUGUCAAGAAAGAAGAUGAUUACUAUUUGCAAACCUGUCCUGAAUCAUUGAACCAUCGAGUGAAAUGCCCUGUACCCAGGGUCGGGGUCUACCUGGAAUACAAAACUGGCACACUUGUCUUUUUCAAUGUUUGCCAGGGCUCCCUCAUUUACAGUUUCCAAUCUUUACCCUUCAUAGCACCCAUCACACCCAUCUUUUGCCCUGGCCCCCCACUUCCAGGAACAAAGUCUGGUCCCAUGACUCUCUGUCCUGCCAACUUUCCUUGUGCUUGUUCCUAG